AUGAAGGUAGAUACCAUUUGUACAUAUAUAUUGGUAUACCUGUUAACAUGUGUCCGUUUCAAUGUGCUUGUAAAAGUAAAUGCAGUUGCCAGUCAGCCAGCCGAAACCUCUUCAGAUUCCCAUUCAACUUCACUCCCUGAAAAAGAAGGGAUAGUUCUUAACAUAAAAUCAGACACUAAAUCCAAUAAGAAAUUUGAUCAUAAAAAGGUUGAUCAAUAUAUCACCUAUACUUCCAAAGAUAACUACGCCUUCAAACAUGUUAAAGAAGAUGCAACUGAAUUAUGGCAGGCCACUGACGCCAGCGAAUAUUCCAACAAAGUUGAAGUAGAUCUUCUCGAUAACAACUCCAAAGCUGUUACUAUACACUUACCAGGAAACAAGACUAAGGUGUUCAAAAAAGAUGGCUAUAAUAAACCCUGGACUGAAAUCGAUACUUCCAAAUUAAAUCUUAAGUCGUUUAACAUCAAUUAUCCUUACGAAACCUACUUUUUCACAAAUGUUUUUAACAAUAAUUUCAGAACAUUUACUGCUAAAAUUGGUUUUGCUUUUAGAGGUGCCAAUGAAUUCAUUGAUGAUCAAAAAAUAGAUAUUUGGAAAUCUGAUAACGAGAGUGAGUAUGCAUACAAAUUCGAAGUAGAUUACAUGAAUAACGAUUCUAAAGCACUGACUGUUCAUAUGUCUGGAAAUAAAAGUAAGUUGUUAAUGAAAAGUAGUACCAAUCAACCAUGGAAUGAAAUUGAUACCAGUGAAAUUAAUCCCAAGUCAAUUGAUAUUAGCUUAGAUAAAGAAACCUACUUUUGUUCCAACAGGUUGGAUAAGGAUGUUAGAACAUUUAGAGCUAAAACCGGAUUUGCUUUUAAUAAAAUCAAAGAUGGCAAUACUGAUAUAUGGACCACUAGUAAAGAGAAUGAAUAUUCUAAGAAUGUCCAGACAAAAGGAGACAAGAAGUUGAUCAUAUAUACCGGUGAAGACGGCAAAGCAAAGGUAUUUAAUAAGGGAACUAACUCUAAAUGGAGUGAAGAUAUAUCUGCAGCAUCUACUGCAGCCAAAAUAUCUUCUGAAUUACAGUAUAUAUUCUCAGAGGCUAAGACUUCCACUCCUAAAAACGGUGUUGAUCUUAACAUUAAGUCAGAUAUUAAAUCUACUGACAUUUACGAAUAUCAAAAGGUUGGUAAAUAUGUCACCUAUACUCCCAAGGGACUGAAUGCAUUUAAACUUGUAAAGUAUUACAAAACUGAAAUUUGUAAAGUAACCAACCCCAACGAUUAUUCUCUUAGAGUUGAAGUAGAUCUUAUAAAUAAAUACUCGAGAGCAGUUACUGUUUAUACGCCUGAAAAUACGUUUGUGUUAAUUAAAGAUGGCUAUAAUAAACCCUGGACUGAAAUCGAUACUUCCAAAUUAAAUCUUAAGUCGUUUAACAUAAAUUAUCCUUACGAAAGUUACUUUUACAAAAAUAAAUCAAAAGGAAAAACGAGAACAUUUACCGCCAAACCAGGAUUUGCUUUUAAAGGUGCCCAUGAAUAUGUCGAUGGUGAUAAAGUUUUAAUUUGGGAAACUGAUAAUUUGAGUGAGUAUGCAUAUAAGAUUGUUAAUGAAGGAGGUAAAAAAGUAACAAUUCAUAUAGCCGAUGGUUCUACAAAGGUGAUUGAGAAAAAAUCUGAUGGAAAAUGGCCAGAAUACACUGAAGCUAAUCCUAUGAACGGUAUACAACUUAACAUAUCGUCAUGCAAUAAAUCUUCUGACAUGUUGCAUUACAGUAUGUCUGGAAAUGUUGUAACUUAUAGUGCCUUAAACAAAUUUGGAUUUAAAUCAAUAUAUAAAGGAGGUUCUUGUAAUAAUCCACAAAAGAUUCUAUGGGAAACUAAAAGUGAUAAACAUUAUGGAAAGAAAGUCGAACAUAUUGACUAUUGGUAUAAGGAUAUGGAGGAAAUAAACAUAGAUUUAUACGAUGGAACUAAAAGAAAACUUUAUAAAAGUCAUAAUUUGCCAUGGACUGAGGUUGACUUAUAUAAAGUGAAUCCCAAGACAAUGAACAUAUCUUAUAAAAAGGAGACAUAUUAUCAUACAGCUACUGUUGAGGACGGUUUUAAAGUAUAUAUUUCCAAACCAGCUUUUGCUUUUAAUGAUAUUAUUCAAUGGAAGUGGCCCUUCCGUAAUAAUACUUGGACACAAGUAUGGAACACUACUAAACCUGAAGAAUAUGUCACUGAAGUGUAUAGAGAUGGUACCGGUUGCUCAGGCAUUAAUAACGUCACAAUGCACCUAAUUAAUGGAGAGUAUAGACAUGUCAAAAAAGAUAAAGGUAAAUGGGUUGAAAAAUCUUGUCGUAUAGAGCUUGAUAUUAAUAAUAAAAAAACCACAUUUGAAUACACCUAUACUGUAAAUAACUCCAUUCAUACAUUUGAACCAAAUUUCGAUUUCUUAAUUACUAAGGUGAUGAAUAAAGGUUCUGGCUCCAAUAAUUUACAACCGAUUAUCUGGGAACGAAAAGAUAACGAUGACUACCCAAACAAAGUAGUGACAGAGGGAGAUAACAAGGUGACAAUAUACACAGGCAAUGAUGCUACAGCAAAGGUCUUUAAUAAAGGAACUGACGGGAAAUGGAUAGAAGAUACCGAAGCUUUGACUAAGUUAAAUGAACUAUCUUCUGAACCACGCAAAAUUUACAUAUUGGGUAAGAGUUUUGAUCAUAAAAAAUGUAUUGACCUAGAUAUAAAUUUCGAUACUAAGUCUACUGACAAGUUUUAUUACAAAAGGCUUUACAACUAUGUCACUUAUACAGCAAAGAAAAACUACACUUUCAAAUUUGUUAAAGAAGGUAAAACCAAAAUAUGGGAGGCUAUUGAUUACACUAAUUACUCACAUAAAGUUAUUGUAGAUAAUAUGAAUAACGACACUAAAGCAGUUACUAUCCAUUUCCCUAGAAAAAAGAUGACAAUGUUUACGAAAACUGGCAAUACCGAAUCCUGGAUCGAAAUCGAUACGACCAAAAUCAGUCUUCAGUCAAUAAAUAUCAAUGAUGAUCACGAUCGUUACUCAUACAAAAAUGUGUUGAAAGAUAACAUCAGAACAUUUAAAGCUAAAUAUGGAUUUAGUUUUAAAGCUGUUAAUGAAUGUGUUGAAGGUAAAGAAGUUGAUAUAUGGAAAUCGCAUAACGAUACUGAAUACGCUACUAAAGUCGAAGUAGAUUACAUGAAUAACGAUUCUAAAGCAGUUACUCUUUACUUUCCCGAUAACAAGUCUAAGUCGUUUAUGAAACAUAAUAAGAAUGAUCCAUGGACUGAAGUUGAUAUCACCAAAGUAAAUCCUAAGUCGUUUAACAUAGAUUAUCCUCACGAAACAUAUUUCUACACAAAUCAAAUACGAGGUAACUUCAGAACAUUUACUCCUAAGAAUGGGUUCGCAUUUAACUGUGUUAAUGAAUAUAUAAAUAAUGAAAAGGUUGAUAUUUGGAAAACUGAACACGAUACUGAAUACGCUACUAAAGUCGAAGUAUAUUUUUUGAAUAACGAUUCCAAAGCCGUUACUCUUUACUUUCCUGAUAAAAAGACUAAGGUGUUCAAAAAAGACGGUAAGAACCAGCAAUGGAAUGAGAUUGGCACAUCCAAAGUAAAUCCUGAGGGAGUCAACAUAGAUUCUCAUUACGAUUGUUACUCAUACACAAAUGUGAUAAAAGACAAAAUUAGGACAUUUCUCCCUAAGACUGGAUUUGCUUUUAACUGUGCCAACGAAUAUGUCAACGAUAAAAAAACUGAAAUAUGGAAAACGAAUAAUGAGAGUGAGUACGCCAAUAAAAUUGAAGUAGAUAAUAUCAAUAACCACACAAGAGCUAUCAUCAUCCAUUUUCCUGAAAACAAGACUGAGGUCUUUUGGAAAUAUCGUAAAAAUGACAAAUGGAAGAAGUUUGAUACCACCGAAGUUAAUCGUAAGACAAUAAACAUCAGUUAUCUUCAAGAAUGUUACAUAUUCAAAAAUGAGUUAAUCAAUAACGUUCGAACUUUUACCGCUAAAAAAGGGUUUGUAUUUAAAGGCACCAUUGAAUUUAUUAAUGAUAAAAAAGUUGGUAUUUGGAAAACUGACAAAGAGAGUGAGUAUUCGAAUAAAAUUGAAGUCGAUCUGAUGAAUAACGACGCAAAAGCCAUCACUUUUUACUUGCCAGAAAACAGGACGAAGGUGUUAAAAAAAGAUGGUAUUAACGAGUCAUGGACUGAAAUUGAUACAACAAAAUUAAAUCCCAUGUCACUUAACAUCAGCUCACAUAACGACACCUACUUUUAUUAUACUAAGUUGCAUGGGUCUAUUAGAACAUUUGAACCCCGAAUUGGAUUUGCAUUUAACGUUGUUGAUGAGUUUAUUGGUGGCCAAAAAGCUGAAAUUUGGACCACUACUAACCAGAAGGAGUUCGCUAAGAAAGUGGUAUUUGCGAAACAUUCCUCCGGAAAAUUUGAUGUAACAAUUCAUUAUGGCGAAGGAUAUAAAAAGUUAUUUAUAAAGGAGAGUGAGGAUAAAGGGUGGAAAGAGGUAGAUAUAACAGUAAUUAAUUUCAGGACCCUGAAUAUCAAGUAUCAGUAUAAUACUUACUACUGUUCUACUAGGUUGGAUAACGGUGUUAGAAAAUUUGAAGCCAGAGAUGGAUUUGCUUUUAAUGUUGUUAAUGAACUUAUUGGUAAAAAAGGCAUCGAAAUUUGGACCGCAAAUAAAAACAAAUAUGCUAAGAAAGUGAUGACAAAAGGAGAUAACAAGUUGUUAAUAUUCAUAGGAGAGGGUGAUAAUGCCCAUAAAAAGGUUUUUACCAAGGUAGCUGGCGGUCAAUGGAGAGAUGAUACAACAGGAACUAUUACAGUACCUUUACAUUUUGAAACUACACAGCCAAGAGUCAGGUUAUUUAAGGUCAAUCCUUCGGACUUAUCCAAUCUAUUGUCAUUAAGUACUAACGAAUUUUCUUCGAUUACAAGCGGAAACGUGGUUAAGUACCAGAUUGCCAAUGGUGUUAAUUGUACCCGAUUGAUGAUUGACGACGUUUUAUUGUGGGAAUACGACUCUUCAAAAUAUGGAGAUCGAUAUCCCAGAUCAGUAUACCAUAAUACAGAAACCGAUAUUUUAUUACUCAGGAUAUCAGGUGUAGAUAUCACAUUUGAGAACACCGCUGAAGGUUGGAUAUUCACUGAAUCAGGACCACUAGCCGUCAAGUUCCACAUAGUUGAUCCUAACAACCCUAGUAAUACUGUCGAACUCACUGACAAUCAAUUCACAGUAGCUGAAAAUCGUGAGAUCACCACGUUCAAUAUCGCAGACAAUGUUCAUCCUAUCGCAUUAACUUAUGGUGCAUCUCUACUGUGGCAGCAUGAUGCCAACAAACACAGUGGUAUGCAUCCUAAGUCACUACAUUUUUAUAAAAGAACAGAGACACUAGUACUUCAAUUUGAGAAUUUAGAUAUGUCAUUUGCAAAGAAUAACGAAGGUGUAUGGGAGUACACAGAGACUGAUACCUCUGAUAGUGAAGCAACUACUACACAACCUGAAUCAGAUGGCACUUCAGAACCUGGUGAAGGUGCUUCUACUACACCUCCACCUGAAUCUAGUGGAGAAGGUACUCCAGCUACACCAUCAGCUCAAACUGGACCAUCCACUACACAGCCAAGAGUCAGAUUAUUAAAGGUAAAUCCUUCAAAUCCUGAUAGUCUUAUCGAACUAGGUGCUAAUGAUUUUAGUUUUUCUACAAGUGGUAGUGUGGUCUUAUACAAGAUAUCAUCCGGUGUUAAUUGUGUUCAGUUAAUAUUUGACAAUGUUUUAUUGUGGGUAUAUGACUCUUCACAGUAUGGAGAUCGAUAUCCCAGAUCAGUAUACCAUAAUACAGAAACCGAUAUUUUAUUACUCAGGAUGUCAGGUGUAGAUCUAACUUUUGAGAACACUCCUGAAGGUUGGAUAUUCACUGAAUCAGGACCACUAGCCGUCAAGUUCCACAUAGUUGAUCCUAACAACCCUAGUAAUACUGUCGAACUCACUGACAAUCAAUUCACAGUAGCUGAAAAUCGUGAGAUCACUACUUUCAAUAUCGCAGACAAUGUUCAUCCUAUCGCAUUAACUUAUGGUGCAUCUCUACUGUGGCAGCAUGAUGCCAACAAACACAGUGGUAUGCAUCCUAAGUCACUACAUUUUUAUAAAAGAACAGAGACACUAGUACUUCAAUUUGAGAAUUUAGAUAUGUCAUUUGCAAAGAAUAACGAAGGUGUAUGGGAGUACACAGAGACUGAUACCUCUGAUAGUGAAGCAACUACUACACAACCUGAAUCAGAUGGCACUUCAGAACCUGGUGAAGGUGCUUCUACUACACCUCCACCUGAAUCUAGUGGAGAAGGUACUCCAGCUACACCAUCAGCUCAAACUGGACCAUCCACUACACAGCCAAGAGUCAGAUUAUUAAAGGUAAAUCCUUCAAAUCCUGAUAGUCUUAUCGAACUAGGUGCUAAUGAUUUUAGUUUUUCUACAAGUGGUAGUGUGGUCUUAUACAAGAUAUCAUCCGGUGUUAAUUGUGUUCAGUUAAUAUUUGACAAUGUUUUAUUGUGGGUAUAUGACUCUUCACAGUAUGGAGAUCGAUAUCCCAGAUCAGUAUACCAUAAUACAGAAACCGAUAUUUUAUUACUCAGGAUGUCAGGUGUAGAUCUAACUUUUGAGAACACUCCUGAAGGUUGGAUAUUCACUGAAUCAGGACCACUAGCCGUCAAGUUCCACAUAGUUGAUCCUAACAACCCUAGUAAUACUGUCGAACUCACUGACAAUCAAUUCACAGUAGCUGAAAAUCGUGAGAUCACCACGUUCAAUAUCGCAGACAAUGUUCAUCCUAUCGCAUUAACUUAUGGUGCAUCUCUACUGUGGCAGCAUGAUGCCAACAAACACAGUGGUAUGCAUCCUAAGUCACUACAUUUUUAUAAAAGAACAGAGACACUAGUACUUCAAUUUGAGAAUUUAGAUAUGUCAUUUGCAAAGAAUAACGAAGGUGUAUGGGAGUACACAGAGACUGAUACCUCUGAUAGUGAAGCAACUACUACACAACCUGAAUCAGAUGGCACUUCAGAACCUGGUGAAGGUGCUUCUACUACACCUCCACCUGAAUCUAGUGGAGAAGGUACUCCAGCUACACCAUCAGCUCAAACUGGACCAUCCACUACACAGCCAAGAGUCAGAUUAUUAAAGGUAAAUCCUUCAAAUCCUGAUAGUCUUAUCGAACUAGGUGCUAAUGAUUUUAGUUUUUCUACAAGUGGUAGUGUGGUCUUAUACAAGAUAUCAUCCGGUGUUAAUUGUGUUCAGUUAAUAUUUGACAAUGUUUUAUUGUGGGUAUAUGACUCUUCACAGUAUGGAGAUCGAUAUCCCAGAUCAGUAUACCAUAAUACAGAAACCGAUAUUUUAUUACUCAGGAUGUCAGGUGUAGAUCUAACUUUUGAGAACACUCCUGAAGGUUGGAUAUUCACUGAAUCAGGACCACUAGCCGUCAAGUUCCACAUAGUUGAUCCUAAAGAUAACACCAAGACUGUCGAACUCCCAACUACUCACUUAACGCUAAGUGAAAGUGGUGAUAUCACUACUUUCAAUAUCGCAGACAAUGUUCAUCCUAUCGCAUUAACUUAUGGUGCAUCUCUACUGUGGCAGCAUGAUGCCAACAAACACAGUGGUAUGCAUCCUAAGUCACUACAUUUUUAUAAAAGAACAGAGACACUAGUACUUCAAUUUGAGAAUUUAGAUAUGUCAUUUGCAAAGAAUGAACAAGGUGUAUGGGAGUACACAGAGACAGCUAUAUCGGCCGGUGAAGCAGACACUUUAUCAGAAUCCGGUUACACUUCAUUACCUGAAGAAUAUGAAUCUUAUGCAUCGACUGAAUCAGAAGAUGGUAAAUCUGUUGUGGAAGAUCCACAUACUAGACUAAUACCUAUGCCAUCUUCAGCCAGUCAACAAGAUAAAUCAUUAAAACCUAUUCCUUCCGAUACAGGCAAAACAAUGGGAGUAAAUGGUAAUGGAUUUAGUUUGGAGACACUACUGCUUCGGUUUGAAGGUUUAGAUAUCGCAUAUGCAAAGAAUGAUCAGAACAUAUGGGAGUACACGGAGACUGAUACUUCGGAUAGUGGACCAGAUAAUGUAAAUAGAGAUGAUACUAGGAGUGCACUUGAUCGACCGAAAUCAUUGUCUGAUAUUUUCAAUAAAGAACACAAAUUGAAUGUAGUCCACAUUUAA